UUUCCGUACGGCGACGCUAUACUGUAGGCGAACGAAGCGUAAACGACGAGUUCUCUGAGCCAUUUCAGUGUAGUAUUUCAACCGCUCAUUAAUAAUAACCAUCCACUGAAUAUUGAUGAUCUAUAUGGGCCUGGCUUACCUACUAGAGCUUUGUAGGAGCGGCUCUUCGCUUUCGACCACACCACUCCAUCCUCGCGUGAAGAAGCAGUCUUUUAGCGGGUAUUGUCAGUUAAGACCGGAUAUUCCUGACUGAACAUUGAAAGCAAGGAGUUGCCGCAACUGGGUCACAUCCCCUUUUGUUUCUUGUUCAGUAUAGUUAGAUAGCUCGUAGCCUACCUAACUAGCUGACUAUGGUAGAUUAUCACGCUUCAAAUAAUCAAGCAUAUUCGUCCGGAGGGCAAUCCGUUUACAUGGAUCCAAGAGAACAAGAAAAUGACUGGGACCGGGACCUGCUGUUGGACCCGGCCUGGGAGAAACAGCAGAGAAAGACGUUCACGGCUUGGUGCAACUCCCAUCUGAGGAAGGCAGGCACGCAGAUUGAGAACAUCGAGGAGGACUUCAGGGAUGGCCUCAAACUCAUGCUGCUGCUGGAGGUCAUAUCAGGAGAGCGGUUACCUAAGCCAGAGAGAGGCAAGAUGAGGGUCCAUAAGAUCAACAACGUCAACAAAGCCCUGGACUUCAUUGCCAGCAAGGGGGUGAAGCUGGUGUCCAUCGGUGCUGAGGAGAUCGUCGACGGCAACGCCAAGAUGACCCUGGGAAUGAUCUGGACCAUCAUCCUCCGCUUCGCCAUCCAGGACAUCUCUGUGGAAGAGACUUCUGCCAAGGAAGGUCUGUUGCUGUGGUGCCAGAGGAAGACCGCGCCCUACAAAAACGUCAACGUGCAGAACUUCCACAUCAGCUGGAAGGAUGGCCUUGCGUUCAACGCACUGAUCCACAGACACAGGCCAGAGCUCAUUGACUACGACAAGCUGAGGAAGGAUGACCCCUUGACCAAUCUGAACAAUGCCUUUGAGGUAGCCGAGAAGUACUUGGACAUCCCCAAGAUGAUGGACGCAGAAGACAUCGUGGGCACGCUGAGGCCUGACGAGAAGGCCAUCAUGACCUAUGUUUCCUGCUUCUAUCACGCCUUCUCUGGCGCCCAGAAGGCUGAGACGGCAGCCAACCGGAUCUGCAAGGUGCUGGCUGUUAACCAAGAGAAUGAACACCUCAUGGAGGACUAUGAAAAGCUGGCCAGUGAUCUUUUGGAGUGGAUCCGUCGGACCAUUCCGUGGCUGGAGAACCGUGCGCCGGAGAAGACCAUGGCCGAGAUGCAGCAGAAGCUGGAGGACUUCCGUGACUACCGCCGCGUCCACAAGCCCCCCAAGGUCCAGGAGAAGUGCCAGCUGGAGAUCAACUUCAACACCCUGCAGACCAAGCUGAGGCUGAGCAACCGGCCGGCGUUCAUGCCCUCCGAGGGACGCAUGGUGUCGGAUAUCAACGGUUCAUGGCACAACCUGGAGGGGGCGGAGAAAGGGUACGAGGAGUGGCUGCUCAACGAAAUCCGCCGGCUGGAGAGACUGGACCACCUGGCCGAGAAGUUCCGUCAGAAGGCCACCAUCCACGAAUCCUGGACUGAUGGUAAGGAGGCCAUGCUGACCCAGAAGGACUAUGAGACGGCCAGCCUGUCGGAGGUCAAGGCCCUGCUGAGGAAACACGAGGCUUUUGAGUCCGACCUGGCAGCUCAUCAGGACCGCGUGGAGCAGAUCGCUGCCAUCGCCCAGGAACUCAAUGAGCUGGACUACUACGACUCGCCCAGCGUGAACGCCCGCUGCCAGAAGAUCUGUGAGCAGUGGGACGCUCUGGGGUCUCUUACCCAGAGCCGCAGGGAGUCUUUGGAGCGGACGGAGAAGCAGCUGGAAUCCAUUGACGAGCUCUACCUGGAGUACGCCAAGAGGGCGGCUCCCUUUAACAACUGGAUGGAGGGAGCCAUGGAGGACCUUCAGGACAUGUUCAUCGUCCACAACAUCGACGAGAUCCAGGGCCUAAUUACAGCCCAUGAGCAGUUCAAGUCCACCCUCCCCGAAGCCAACAAGGAGAGGGAGGCCAUCCAGGCCAUCCAGGCUGAGGUGCAGAAGAUCGCCCAGUACAACGGCAUCAAGCUGAGUGGCAGCAACCCCUACACCACCAUCACCCCCAAGAGCAUCGACAGCAAGUGGGACAAGGUGGAGCAGCUGGUGCCCAAACGUGACCAGGCCCUCCAGGAGGAGCUGGCCAAGCAGCAGUCCAACGAUCACCUGCGCCGCAAAUUCGCCUCGCAGGCCAACAUCGUUGGUCCCUGGAUACAGACCAAAAUGGAGGAGAUUGGGCGGAUAUCCAUUGAGAUGAAUGGGACUCUGGAAGACCAGCUGGUGAACCUGAGAGAGUAUGAGCAGAGCAUCAUCGAGUACAAGCCCAACAUCGACCAGCUAGAGGGAGACCACCAGCUCAUUCAGGAGGCCCUGAUCUUUGACAACAAAUACACCUCCUACACCAUGGAGCACCUGCGGGUGGGCUGGGAGCAGCUUCUCACCACCAUCGCUCGUACCAUCAACGAGAUCGAGAACCAGAUUCUGACACGUGACGCGAAGGGCAUCAGCCAGGAGCAGCUCCACGAGUACCGCACCUCCUUCAACCACUUCGACAAGGACCACAGCGGGGCCUUGAUGGCUGAGGAGUUUAAGGCUUGUCUUAUCAGCUUGGGCUACGAUGUGGAGAAUGAAAAAACAAAGCGCACAGGGCAAAUGGACACGGACAAUUACCGCGCUCUGCUCGUUGCCACCGGAAACAGCCUGGGCGAUGCCGAGUUUAACCGUAUCAUGGGUAUAGUGGACCCCAAUAACAGCGGCGCAGUCACCUUCCAGGCCUUCAUCGACUUCAUGUCCCGGGAGACCACGGACACGGACACAGCCGAUCAGGUCAUUGCCUCCUUCAAGAUCCUGGCUGCAGACAAGAACUUCAUCACACCCGAGGAGCUGAGGCGAGAGCUGCCCCCUGACCAGGCGGAGUACUGCAUCGCCCGAAUGGCGCCCUACACCGGCCCGGACGCCGUCCCUGGCGCCCUGGACUACAUGUCCUUCUCCACCGCCCUCUACGGGGAGAGUGACCUCUAAGAGCACAGCACGGGAGGGAGGGAGGGAGGGUUGGGGGGUGGAUGAGUGGGGGGGUGAAAGAACAGGGGGGGGGGGGGUUACAUUUGGGAAGAAAAGGGCCUAAAUGGCAAUGCUGGCCGGGUCCAGGGCAGACGGUCUGAGUGCGACCCGCAGUGACUGGGCCUUAUUGGUUUAACGUUGGCCGGCCCCCUGGUUGGGUGGAGCUUUAGAGCUGUGCAUGUGACAUGUCCACCCACCCCGGGCACCGCUCAUGCAAAACAGUCACCCAGUGGGAGUGUCGUGAGGAGGGUGAGAGAAGAUGGGAAGGUAGUGUGUCUGAAGCCAGGGAUUUUGAUUAGCUCCGUAGAAGCGGGCUUCAGGUAGGGUCCCGUGAUGGGAUUGGUGGGCGGCUGCACUGCUCCUUCCCGGUCCUGAUCUGUCGGUCUCCCCUGUGUGGUCGGGUUUCAUCCCAAACUGGGUUGGAGCUUUUGACGAAAACAAUUGUUGGUUUGGCUGGGGCCAUUUGUUAUAAACCGUUGAUUUCAUUGUUCACAGAUCACUGUCAAUGCAACGCUGUCAUUAAAAAUGAAGCUACCGACCACAGGUGAACUUCUGGGUCAGGACAGGAGAGGAACUAGUGCAAGUCCCAUCUUUGCUCUCUGCCUUGGGGAAUGGGGGUGGGGGGGGCUCAAGCUAUUCUGAUUCUUAUACUACUUUUUUUUUUAUUUUAUUUUCUCUUGCCGGGGAGGGUGGGUGGGAUUUUGCUUUGACAGAUGAAGAGGUUUGCAUAUUAGAUAACAGAGAUAUAUGAUGGGGAGGGGGUCAAACAGAGAGAAUAAUGACAUGUGCCCACCCCGCAUUUUGCUGGAUAAGUGAAACUCCAAUAUCUAACCUCAGCUUCUUCCUUUUCCCGUUUGUUUGUUUCUUUUCUCCAGCAAAUGUGGGUAAGUGGGUUCCGUGCUGUACAUACUUAUUUUUCCAGUACGCUACACAGUCAGAAUACUCAUCGCAGCCUCGUAGGGCAAGAAAGUGUGGCAUCUUUUAAAAACAAAAAAAAUACACAAAACGAAUAUAGCAACAACAAAAAAAAAUUGCAGUUUCACACAUUAAGUACCGUAGAUAAGUUUGAGUUACCAUGAUUCUCCAUUUGGAUUACAAUUAUUAUUAUUUUUUAACGGUCAAAAAUGGAAUUCUACCGAUAUAUGGUGGUCGUUCAGUUGAAUGAAGUAUACGUGAGGUCUAUUAUAUUCUGUAUGUGAACCUCACGUGAAACUUGACAAACAUUUGUCGGCAUUUAUGAGACCUUGCUUUCGCGAUACAUCACUUUUACAUGGAGGAAUACAAGGUGGUUAUUUUCGCCUAGUUCAUUCGUGUACUAUAGUUCCAUCCGAAGGACAUAUAUGAAGAAAUACCCCCUAGAAGCAUCACUUGUCCAGCAAAGCUUAGAUGGACAAGAGCCUACACACUGUCCUUGGCUGAAUAGUUUCCAAAGGAUCUCUGCAUUAAAGAGUUCCAGAUGGAAGUUGGGAACGUGCUUAAAAAAAAUGUGCCUGUUAGUGGCUACAGCCCUGUCUCUCUCUCUCUUCCUCUCUCAUCCCUCCAUCUCCUUCCUCGUCUGCAUUAAGGAGGGGGGGGGCAAUGGGAGGGGGUGGCUAGAGUCUUAAUAAACAUUCCAUUAUGUCUUAAAUGAAAGUAAAAUUACUGUCUACCGAUCUAUGCAAUCACCUAUAUCUGAUUUCCAAAUGAAAUGGUGGGAAUUGAGCUAAUGAACCGAUUUGAAACAAUGCAAUGGCUAAAUUAUGUGCAAGAAAUAAAAUUGAUUUCUACGUAUUUGUAAAGGGGGUGGGUCUAGGUUGGGGGGAGGGAGGGAGGGAGGGGGGAGGGCUGAGUGAGUCAGAGGGCCUGGAGGAAAAAAUGAUAAGACUUGGACCAAAAGCUUGUACUUUUCCUGGGAGGUUGAAAAGCAUUGAACUUUGGGAUUGUGAUUUCUUCUUUUUUGUACUCUUUAAUAUCAAACCUUAUCUGCUGUACUGGAAACUGCAAAACAGCCUUCUGUCUCUAAAUGAAAAUUGAGGUUUCACAAGCACACAUAAAGUUUCCUUAUAAAAUACUA